UUAGUAGCUGAUAAUAAUAUAUGUUGGAACUCGGUCUUCUUAAUGAUUGAACGUACCUUUAAAUUUAGGGAGGCGAUUAACUUCUUUUGCGCGGUUAAGAGAGAUGGUCUUGCCUAUAAUGAUACCCUUAGUAACGAAGAUUGGUUAAUGCUGGCUGAGAUAUAUAUAAUCUUAAGGCUAUUUGUAAUUGUAACUAAGAUAUUAGAAGGAAAUGGAUUAACGAUACCUAGUAUUAUUUACGUACUCUAUUUACUAUUUAAUAGCUUA